AUGUCUGCUAUUCCCGGUGGCGCGGGCGAUUUCCAGGAUCCGUCAUUCUGGAAGGAAUUUUAUAAGGAUUCCAAGAAUGCUUUCGAAUGGUAUGGUGAUUUCAAAAGUUUUGGACGCGUUUUAACUAGAUAUUUAAAGUCGACGGAUAAAAUUCUACAAAUUGGAUGCGGCAGUUCGGAAUUGGCGAGCCAACUUUAUGAUAAUGGCUAUCAGAUGAUUGAGAGUAUCGAUACUGAUGAAGGAGUCAUCCAGAAACAAGUUGCCAAGAAUAGUUCAUCCAGACCGGAAUUGCAAUUUGUAUGUUGUUCUGCAGCAAAGAUUGACGCACCGGACGGAAAAUACAACGUUGUCUUGGACAAGGGAACGCUUGAUGCGUUAAUUCCAUCCGCACAUGAGGACAUGUUGGAAGACGUAGAAAAGAUGUUUGCUGAGAUAUGCCGAGUGCUUACGGUCGGAGGUCGAUACAUUAUCCUUACUCUUGCUCAAAAAAUGUGCUCAAUUCAUACAUGGCAUUUUUGA